CAUCGAGUUCGGCUUUAGUCCGCGUGUUCUAUCCGGCCAUGCACCUCUGGUAUUGUCUUAGAGGGUAGGUUGUUUUAUUAUGGAAGGGAUCAGUGGGACCCUUCUUACCGACUGAUCAUUGGAGGCCUCUAAAUCCCGAUCUCUCACUCCCACACACACGCAAUUAAGCAACCUAUUUCAUGGUCAUGUGUUUUGUUCUGUGCAUGUGUUUUGGCUUUGCCUUCCUCGCCUAGCUAGCUACUGCUGCUGCUGCUGCAUGCCGCCUUUCUGCACCAAGUAAAACACAGUACCCAAUAUAUAUGGAGGAAGAGCAGGCGGUGGCGAAGUUGCCUCUGAUUGAAGCAGAGUGCUCUGCUCGUUUAAGGAUUAGCAAUAUUGAUAAUGAUCAAGAACAUGGUGGUCUCGACAGUGCCGGUGCCGGUGCUCCUGUUAAAACAAGAUCGACGGCUGUUCUUUUUAUUUGCACCUUUGCGACCGCCUGCGCUGCCUUCACUGGUGGUUGUCUAGCAUCAUAUACAUCACCGGCUGAGUCUGGAAUCAUAGCUGAUUUAGGUCUCACUGUGACAGAGUACUCGGUUUUUGGUUCAAUAAUGACAGCUGGAGCAAUGAUUGGCGCCGUAAUAUGUGGGAGGAUGACAGAUUUCUUUGGUCGUAGACGUACGCUAUGGGUUUUGGACAUAUUCUACAUCGUGGGCUGGCUUGCCAUUAUUUUGGCUAAGGGGGCUUGGAUGCUCGACCUUGGAAGACUGUCGCUGGGAAUUGGGUUUGGGCUUACUUGUUAUGUGGGACCUGUAUAUCUUGCAGAAAUAACACCAACGAAUGUAAGAGGACUACUAAUGUCAAUCAGUCAGUCAAUGACUGGUUAUGGUGCUUCUCUCACGUUUGUAAUCGGUUCUUUCGUCACCUGGCGUUCUUUGGCCAUAAUAGGUUGUAUUCCGAGUCUCUUACUGUUCCUUGCUCUAUUUUUCAUUCCAGAGUCUCCAAGAUGGUUGGAUUAUAUCGAAAACCAGCGUCUUCAACAGAACUCCGACGACAAUCUCCUCAACUUGUUUCGGCGAAAAUAUCUUCAUAUACUCAUUGUUGGAGUUGGGCUUAUGGUAGUGCAAGCAUCAGGAGGGCUAUAUGGAUUUAUGUUUUAUAUGAGUGAAAUUUUUGAUUCAGCUGGUAUCUCUAGUACACUGGGGUUUAUCCUGGUGGCUGUUCUUCAGAUUCCUUUAAUUGUUUCGAGUGCAGCACUGAUAGAUAAAUUUGGAAGACGAACGCUGUUGAUGGCUUCUGCAACUGGGCAAUGCUUAGGCUGCUUCCUCACUGGAUUGUCCUACUUCUUGCAGGAACUUGACUGGUGGAAAGAAGCAAGUCCCAUUUUGGCGCUGUUAGGGGUAUUGGUAUAUAUGGGAUCUUACUCAUUUGGCAUGGGUGGAAUACCAUGGAUUGUGGUGUCAGAGAUAUUUCCAAUAAAUGUAAAGGGUUCAGCUGGAACCCUUUGCAAUCUGGUCAGUUGGUUUUGUUCUUUGGUUGUUUCAUACACUUUUAACUAUUCAUUCUCCUGGAGCCCGGCAGGAACAUUUUUCAUAUAUGCGGGCAUAUGUGGUUUUGGGGUUGUUUUCAUCGCAAAACUAGUGCCGGAGACUAAAGGGCGAACAUUGGAAGAAAUACAUGCAUCACUCAUGACUCAUAUAAUGCAGUGAGAAACAUUAAUCAAGGGCCAUGAAAAAUGAUAAAAAUUAUUCCAAGGAUUUUUAUGAUGUAAUCGUGAACUACUAUUUAUGAAUUCAACACAAAGUGUGCUUUCAGCUGCUACGCAGUUUUAUCUUCCAGUUUAUAUGCUCCAUCGUGCAACCACGACCAAGAUUUUUAGAUUUAA